UGUCAGUAAUCAGGAGCUUUGGGAAGAAAUGCUGGGUUCCAAAGGACUGAUUGUGAUAGAUGUUUAUCAAGGCUGGUGUGGCCCAUGUAAAGCAGUAGUAAACCUCUUCAGGAAAAUAAGAAAUGAACUUGGCGAUGACCUGCUGCAUUUUGCUGUGGCUGAAGUAGAUUCAAUCGAUGCCCUAGAGAAAUAUCGUGGAAAAUGUGAGCCAACGUUUCUCUUUUAUGCAGGGGGAGAGUUAGUAGCUGUUGUAAGAGGAGCCAAUGCACCAUUGCUACAGAAAACCAUUCUGGAGCAGCUAGAGGCAGAAAGAAAAGUCUUGGAUCAUGGAGCAGACAGAGUGGUGAUCCAGGAUGAAGCCCUUCCUAAAGAAGAAGAAAGCACUGUUGUUGGGGGAGAGGAGGAGGAGGAGGAAGAUGAUAGUGAGGAAAAUGAAGCAGAUUAAUUAAUUGGUUUGUCUUCAGGGACUGGCUUUCCAACUGCCCUUCGGGAGAAAAUGAGAAAUCUUAGACAAGCUUCCUUUUAUAGUAGAGAGAAAAAAUGUGUCACCAGUGGCUAACUCUUUGUCAUAAGCAGUAGACAUGUGGGUCAGAUAGAGGUGAUCUACAAAUAAGUAAAAUGGUCAUAAAAGACACGUUACCUCUAUGGCAAGUAGUGCAUGUAAUUGCCAUAUUAGAAUUCAA